AAUUUUUCUCCAGACACUGUGAGUUUGCAGAUGUUCGAUGCUAGGAAUAAAACGCCAGUGUAACACAUUACUGCUGGGUAGACAGCUUGGCUAAAUCACCACACUUCCUAGUGGAGACAGUUGCAAGGCAGAAGCAGAGGAGAAAGAAGGGACUCAGCUAGAGCAAGAGUACAUUAAAGAUUCGAUCUACCUAAAAACUUCCAUCUUUAAGGAAUAUGAAGCAUUUUGGAGUAUUUGCAGUUCUGUGGUUAUGGAUAGUAGAGGCUUUAGAAAAUUGCCCAGAUGCUUGCAAAUGUAUCCAGAAAAAGAAUGUGGAGGCAACGGAAGUUAACUGUUAUAAGCAGCGACUUCAACAUUUUCCAUUAAAAUUCCCACUGGACUCGUGGAUCUUAAAAAUGGGGGAAAACAUAAUCCAGGAACUUCCAGCAAACAUCCUAAGAUCUCUCCCCAAACUUGAGAGUGUAAAUCUGGAGCGCAAUUCAAUUAAAUCUAUACACCCCCAGGCUUUUUCUGGUGCCAGCAGACUGAUGCUCCUGAACCUGAAUGGAAACCAGUUAACCAGUCUCCCCACAAAGGGUUUCGAAGACCUUCUCAACCUGCGUUUUCUCAUGUUGGGCCAAAAUCAGAUUGCCAGUGUCAAAUCUGACAUGUUCAUUGGCAUGAGAAAUCUCUCAGAUCUAGACCUGCCCAUGAACUCUCUUACCACACUUCCACCUAAUGCCUUCAAACCUCUCAUUGCUCUCAAAGUGCUGGAUCUUGCCUUAAACCGUAUCCAAAAAAUCUCUCCAAAAGCUUUCUUUGGGCUUGAAGAGUUGCUCUUUCUCAAUCUGGAUAACAAUAGGCUGAAGAACAUCCAAGCUGGGAUUUUCAAGACUGUAAACAACCUGGAGAUGUUGGUGCUGGAUAAUAAUCUUCUUUCCACAUUAAGUUCAUCCAUGUUGGAGGGACUGUCAAACCUGCAGGAGCUCUAUGUGAGGAAAAACAGAAUUACGAGCCUGCCAGCCGAUGUUUUUCGCCAUACCCCCAAACUUACCCGCGUGGCCCUAAGCGGGAAUCAACUUCAAACGAUUGAUGGGAACAUGUUGGCCAUGUUAGGACAUACAGGGUAAGCGUUUCACUGAUUC